AUGCUGGAUAUUGCUUCAUGCGGGCGGCGACCUCCACUGGAUAUGGAAGCCUUACGCGCUUUACCAGAAGCCUUGCUCAACGUUAUCGAAACGUUCAUGAAUAUUGCAUAUGUGUAUCUUGCUCAUGUCGCCCAAUGGCCUGGGGCAAUCGUUAUUGGCUUCGCCGCCAUUACCAUGACGUUGUCUAAGACGAUCUUGUACUGGGCUCAAGAGUACUACUGUGGAUAUUGUGCCAUUGGUCAUAAUAAUCUGUGGAAUUUAAUUGUCUUGUGGAUCAUUCCAAACGGUCUCUGGAUUGUCGUUCCCACGUUCAUCGUUGCGCAAUUUGCCAAAGACCUCGUCGAUACACUCAACUUCGCGGAUGCUCAAUCAAAGAAGAUAUCUUCUGCGAAGAAGCAAUGA